AUGAGUACGACUUAUUCAGUCCAUUCCGUGGGCUCUUAUAUGAAGGCGAUGGAAGUAAUGGUUUCAGCAGCUCAGGCAUUCCCUCAUCUAGAUACAAGCACAAUCCCUAAGGUCGAUGAGGAAUUGAAGAAGGGUACUAAGCGUAGUGAUAAUAGAAAUAAAUUGUUGGUAACUUCUCAGGAUAGGAAUGAAUGGGAUGAUAUAUUUGAAGAGUUUGCAAACCUUUCAUCUGAUAACUUACAAUCGUUGAUUACAUCCAAUCAUUCAGCUUCUAAUGCACAAGCACAAGUAUACAAAGAGCUAUUCAGACUACUUGAUAAUGUUGAUUCUGAUUUCCCUCGAGAUCAACUACUACAGCAGUUGAUCGAGUUGUUGAGGAACAAUGAAAAUACUGGAACUGCGGACCAAGAUCUCUUCGAUUACCUAGGUGCUGAAAACAUCGAGCUGAUAUCGUUUCUAAUUGAGAAUCAAGAGAUAUUGAAACACACUCCGAUUGAACAUAUGUCUAAUUCGGAUACUUACGAGGGAAACCGAUUCAUGACCGAAGAGGACAUGAGAAGACAAGUCCUCAAGAAUAGGGAAAAAGGUAAAAACGCUAAAUUGGCUACUGCACAAAGAAAAGUAAAGUAUCCACAUGUCUUUAGACAGUCGGAGGAUGCUGGAUCGUCAAUGCUUUCUUUUGCAGGUCAAAAAUUUGCAUUACCAGCUGGAAGCAUGAGAUAUACUUUCCAAACACAUGAAGAGAUAACAAUUCCAUGCGCUGUACCGAAAAGAAAAUUCGAUAUUCCAUUGGUCAAAGUCAGUGAUUUGGAUGAAUACUGCCGUAAAGUAUUCGAGUAUGAUUAUUUGAAUAAGGUACAGUCCUUGGUUUACCCGGUAGCGUACAAUACAAAUGGUAACAUGUUGAUCUGCGCUCCAACUGGUGCAGGUAAAACCGAUAUUGCUUUAUUGACUAUAUUAAAUACAAUCAAACAAUUCUCCGUCAUAAAUGAAGAAGGCGGGUUUGACAUUGAAUAUGAUGAUUUCAAAAUUAUCUACGUGGCUCCACUUAAGGCUUUAGCAGCUGAAAUCACUGACAAGUUUGCUCGUAAGCUAUCCGUGUUUGAUGUCAAGGUUCGUGAACUUACAGGUGAUAUGCAACUAACGAAGCGAGAGAUUCUUGAAACUCAAGUCAUUGUUACAACACCUGAAAAAUGGGAUGUGGUCACACGUAAAGCAAGUGGUGACAAUGACCUUACUUCAAAGGUGAAAUUAUUAAUUUUAGACGAAGUUCAUUUAUUACAUGAAGAUAGAGGGUCAGUCAUUGAAAGUUUGGUGGCACGUACUUUAAGACAGGUAGAAAGUUCGCAGACCAUGAUCCGUAUCUUAGGUUUAUCUGCUACCUUACCGAAUUUCGUAGAUGUUGCUGAUUUCUUAGGUGUAAACAGGAAUGUCGGGAUGUUCUAUUUCGACCAGUCUUUUAGGCCCAAAGCGUUAGAACAACAUUUGAUUGGUUGCAGAGGAAAAGCAGGAAGUAAGCAAUGUAGAGAAAAUACCGAUAAAGUUGCCUACGAGAAGGCCGUAGAAAUGAUGAAACUUGGUAAUCAAGUGAUGAUCUUUGUGCAUUCAAGAAAGGAUACUGUAAAAACUGCCAGAACACUUAUAAGUAUGGCAAGAGACAAUUAUGAGAUGGAUUUAUUCACAAGUAACGAUGCUUCCGUAACAAUAUUUCAAAAGGAACUUUCCAAACAUAAAGAUAAAGAUCUUAAGGAGUUAUUCCAAUCAGGGUUUGGUGUUCACCACGCCGGUAUGUCACGUUCAGAUCGUAAUAUAACAGAAAAAAUGUUCAAAAGCGGAGCCGUAAAUGUACUUGUUUGUACAGCUACAUUAGCUUGGGGUGUCAAUUUACCUGCUGAUUGUGUCAUUAUCAAGGGAACCCAGGUUUAUGACUCCAAGAAAGGUGGUUACACUGAUCUUGGAAUUUCAGAUGUUAUUCAGAUCUUCGGUCGUGCUGGUAGACCAGGGUUUGGUUCUGAUUAUGGUACUGCUUACUUAUGUACUUCAAACGACCGUUUAGAUCAUUAUGUCGACCUAAUCACGCAACAACAUCCUAUUGAAUCAAGACUAGGUGCUAAGGUUGUCGACAACUUGAAUGCCGAAAUAUCUCUUGGAACAGUCACGAACGUUGAGGAAGGUGUGAAGUGGUUAGGAUAUACUUACAUGUUUGUCAGGAUGAAACAGAAUCCUUUUACUUAUGGUAUUGAUUGGGAAGAGAUCCGAAAUGAUCCGCAAUUGUACGAGAAGAGAAGACAAAUCAUCAUAACAGCCGCCCGUCGUCUACAUUCUCUACAAAUGAUUGUUUUCGAUGAAGUUUCAAUGCAUUUCAUUCCAAAGGAUUUGGGAAGAAUUGCUUCCGAGUUUUAUUUACUUAAUGAGUCUGUCGAAAUCUUUAACCAAGUUGCUAAUCCAAGGGCUACUGAAGCAGAUGUGUUAGCCAUGAUUAGUAUGAGCAGCGAAUUCGAUUCCAUCAAGUUCAGAGAAGAAGAAUCUAAUGAAUUAAAUAAACUUCUUGACUGUGCCGUUGAAUGUCAGAUUUCUGGGGACGUCGACAGUUCACCUGGUAAGACAAAUAUUCUUCUACAAGCGUAUGUUUCUCAAAGCAGAAUUAAUGACUCUGCACUAAAUUCAGAUGCAAAUUACAUUGCUCAGAAUUCUGCAAGAAUAUGUAGGGCAUUACUUCUAAUUGGUAUUAAUAGAAGAUGGGGCACGUUUUCAAAAGUUAUGCUAGAUAUAUGCAAGUCCAUCGAAAAGAGAAUGUGGGCAUUUGAUCAUCCAUUAUGUCAAUUUGACUUACCAGAUACGAUAUUGAGGAACAUCAAGGCAAAGAACCCCAGUAUGGAAAUGCUCUUAGAUAUGGACGCUGCCGAGUUAGCAGAUCUUGUUCACAACCAAAAGAUGGGUGGGAAGUUAUAUCGUAUAAUAUCUCGUUUCCCAAGAGUAGACAUAGACGCAGAGAUUUUCCCGAUAACAACAAAUGUGAUGAGGGUCCAUAUAUCAUUAUUACCAAACUUUGAAUGGGAUUAUCAUGUACACGGCGAUGCUCAAUUCUUCUGGGUAUUUGUGGAAGAAUCCAAUCAAUCGAGUAUUUUACAUUUCGAGAAGUUCAUAUUAAACAAGAGGCAACUAAGUAAUCCACACGAAAUGGAUUUCAUGAUUCCAUUAUCAGACCCACUGCCACCUCAAGUUAUUGUCAAAGUUGUAUCAGAUACUUGGAUCGGCUGUGAAAGCGCUCAUACUAUUUCUUUCCAGCACUUAAUUAGACCUCACAAUGAAACUUUACAAACAAGGUUACAAAAACUUAAUCCGCUACCAACCUCUGCUUUGAAAAACCCAUUGGUCGAGUCUAUUUAUCCCUUCAAAUAUUUCAAUCCAAUGCAAACAAUGGUGUUCCAUACAUUAUACCAUUCCAACGUCAGUACGUUUGUUGGUUCCCCUACGGGGUCAGGUAAAACCGUCGUGGCAGAAUUGGCCAUUUGGCAUGCAUUCAGGGACUAUCCUGGUAGUAAGGUUGUAUAUAUCGCACCAAUGAAGGCACUUGUGAGGGAAAGAGUGAAUGAUUGGAGAAAAAGAAUCACUCCUGUCACUGGUGAUAGGAUAGUUGAAUUGACUGGUGAUUCCGUACCUGAUCCUCAGGACAUUAAAGAUGCAACCAUUGUCAUUACAACACCAGAAAAGUUUGAUGGUAUUUCUCGUAACUGGCAAACCCGUAAGUUUGUGCAAAACGUUUCGUUGAUCAUUAUGGAUGAAAUUCACUUACUUGCAAGUGAUCGUGGUCCUAUCUUAGAAAUGAUUGUAAGUCGUAUGAAUUAUGUUUCCUCACAAACGAAAAAACCUAUUAGAUUGUUGGGUAUGUCAACCGCUGUUUCAAAUGCCUUUGAUAUGGCAAGCUGGUUAGGUGUUAAAGGAAAUGGGUUGUAUAAUUUUCCCUCCAGUGUUCGUCCUGUGCCCCUAAAGAUGUAUAUCGAUGGAUUCCCAGAUAACCUAAACUUCUGUCCUUUAAUGAAAACGAUGAAUAAGCCGGCUUUCAUGGCCAUUAAACAGCACUCACCGGAAAAACCUGUUCUACUAUUUGUUGCCUCUCGUCGUCAAACUAGAUUAACAGCUUUAGACCUAAUUCAUCUCUGUGGUAUGGAAGACAACCCACGUAGAUUCUUACACAUAGACGAUGAAGAAGAAUUGCAGUAUUAUAUUUCCAAAGUAUCAGAUGAUACUUUAAAAUUAUCUCUUCAAUUCGGCAUUGGCUUACAUCAUGCUGGUUUGAUAGAAAGCGAUAGAGCAAUCUCGCAUGAACUCUUCCUAAGAAGUAAAAUACAAAUUCUCGUUGCUACUUCAACUUUAGCUUGGGGUGUUAACCUUCCUGCCCAUUUAGUCAUCAUUAAAGGUACACAAUUUUUCGAUGCAAAGAUCGAAGGUUACAGAGAUAUGGACUUAACAGAUAUAUUGCAAAUGAUGGGUAGAGCAGGGAGACCCGCUUAUGAUACUUCAGGUACCGCUAUUGUGUACACAAAGGAAUCAAAAAAAAUGUUCUACAAACAUUUCCUAAACGUUGGGUUCCCCGUUGAAUCAUCUUUACACAAAGUGCUUGAUGAUCACAUGGGUGCUGAAAUAGCAUCUGGUACUAUAUCGACUAAACAAGAGGCUCUUGACUUUUUGAAUUGGACUUUCCUUUUCAGGAGAGCUCAUCAUAAUCCUACUUAUUAUGGAAUCAAUGAUGAUACUAGUACUUCUGGUAUCAAUAAGUACUUAAGCGACUUAGUGAACAACACUCUUGAUAAUUUGAAAGAAUCUAGAUGUGUGGAGAUUUAUGGUACAAAUAUCUACUCAACACCAUAUUUGAGUAUCUCCUCCUAUUACUACAUUUCGCAUAAAACCAUCCGUUCGCUUUUGAAACAAAUCAACUCUAACGCAUCGUUCCAAGAUGUUCUAAAAUGGUUAUCACUUGCUGUUGAAUAUAACGAACUUCCAGUGAGAAACGGUGAAAUAAUCAUGAAUGUAGAAAUGUCUGCACAGUCAAGGUAUUCUAUCGAAUCUACCUUCAUUGACGAAUUUGAACUUCCAAUGUGGGAUCCACACGUGAAGGCUUUCUUAUUGUUACAGGCAUACCUCAGUCGUGCUGAACUUCCCAUUGUUGAUUAUCAUCAAGAUACUAUUUCGGUACUCGAUCAAUCUUUGCGUAUCUUACAGGCUUAUGUUGACGUGGCGGCCGAGCUAGGUUACUUCAACACCGUGAUGACUCUGAUAAAGGCCAUGCAAUGUGUGAAGCAAGGGUACUGGUAUGAAGACGAUCCUAUCUCAGCGUUACCUGGAGCUCAUUUAAAGAGAGACGACCGUAUCGAAUUCGGAGAUGAUGGUUGGCCAUUACCUGAUAAUGGAUACAAGAUGAGUUUAGACUCUUUAGCAAGACUUCAAGAUGACAAUGGCGCCAAGAACAAGGUGAAGAAUAUCAUGUCCAGACAGUACCAUGUUACACCUGACCAUCAAAAACGUAUGUUGAGGGAAAUAUCCAGGUUACCCAUAUUAGACAAUAUUGUGUUCACUUCUCAGACCAGUAAUGAAUCAUUAGUUCUUAAGGCCACACACCAUAACAGGGUACCUAAAGAAUUUUCAGUAUACUGUGCGAAAUAUCCAAAGACUCAAAGAGAGCUCUGGUUUGCGAUUGCAUAUCAAAACGAUGAACUAAUCAUGUUGAAAAGAUGUCAGCCAAGACUAGGACCCAAUGGAAAAGGUUUACUAAGUUUCGACUUUGUUGUACCUGAAGAUAUUCGCGGUAAAGAAUUAGAUUUCGUUUUGGUAAGUGAUGCUCUUGAUAUCAAGUACCACCUGAAGCACAAAUUGAUGGAGUAA